UGUAGAGGUCAUGUACAGCCGAGAGCCGGAGUCUGAUUAUCUUGAUGCGGCCUUGGUGACGGUCAUGCAAAUCCACCUGACAGAACCAGCAGGUGAUAUUCUGCUCUUCUUGACCGGAAAAGAAGAAAUCGAUUCUUCCUGCGAGAUUCUAUCUGAGCGCAUGAAGGCUCUGGGGCCGAAUGUGCCAGAGUUGAUGAUUCUGCCCAUCUACGGUGCCCUGCCAUCUGAAGUAGCGUCGCGCAUAUUCGAGCCUGCACCUGCAGGCAGCCGGAAAUGUGUCAUUGCUACUAACAUUGCUGAGACAAGUUUGACUAUUGACGGUAUUUUCUACGUCGUCGAUCCAGGUUUCGUCAAGCAGAGUUCUUACGACGGAAAGCUGGGCAUGGACCGUCUGCAGAUUACGCCCAUUUCCCAGGCCCAGGCUCGCCAAAGAAGUGGAAGAGCAGGAAGAACAGGACCAGGAAAAUGUUUCCGUCUAUAUACCGAAGCAGCGUUCCAGAACGAAAUGCUGCCGACGACUAUUCCCGAGAUUCAGCGCCAGAACUUGUCCAACACGAUUCUGAUGCUCAAGGCUAUGGGUAUUAACGAUCUGUUGCAUUUUGACUUUAUGGAUCCACCGCCUACCAACACCAUGUUGACAGCUUUGGAAGAGCUGUAUCAGUUGGGCGCGCUGGAUGACGAAGGAUUGCUGACGCGUCUUGGGCGACAAAUGGCGGAUUUCCCCAUGGACCCCUCUCUCUCCAAAUCACUGAUCAAAUCAGUUGAGCUUCAGUGCUCAGACGAGAUUCUCACAAUUGUGGCCAUGAUCAGCGCUACCCAAAACGUCUUCCAUCGCCCUCGAGACAAGCAGCAGCAAGCCGACCAGAAGAAGCAAAAGUUUAACGAUCCAUCUGGCGACCACAUUACUCUCCUCAACGUCUAUAAUGGCUGGAAGCAGGGUGGCUUCAGCACACCGUGGUGUCAUGAGAACUUUGUCAUGCCCAAGAACAUGCAGCGCGUACGAGACGUGCGAAACCAGUUACUACAAAUCAUGGCACGGCACAAACACCAGGUGGUAUCUUGUGGGCGCAAUACCAUCAAGGUUCGACAAGCACUCUGCUCGGGUUUCUUCCGCAACUCGGCCCGCAAAGAUCCCGCAGAGGGCUACAAGACGCUCGUCGAAGGCACUCCUGUCUACUUGCACCCUUCUUCGUCGCUCUUUGGCAAGCCUGCAGAACACGUCAUCUACCACUCGCUUGUGGAAACCACUAAAGAGUACAUGCAUUUCUGCAGUGCUAUUGAGCCAAAGUGGCUGGUGGAAGCUGCACCUACGUUCUUCAAGGUGGCACCGACAGACCGGUUGAGUAAGAGGAAGAAGGCCGAGAGGAUCCAGCCGCUACACAACAAGUUUGCAGGCGAGGACGACUGGAGACUGAGCGCUCAAAGGAGAGCAGGACGGGGUGGCGGCGGUACAUGGGGUUAAUGCAGGGCGUUUGGCAAAAGGCUGUGUGUAUGUGAUACCUUUGAAUAUACAAUCGAACAUCUUCG